GCUCGCUGCGCCGGGCUGGCCUUGGGAUCCGGGGUGGGGGGGUCUCGCUUCCCACUGGGGCUUGGAAGGACGGAUGGGAGCCAGGUGUCCGAGAGCCGGCCGGAUGCGGAGGGUGUCCGGGGUGGGUGGAUGGCACCCAGGUGUCCGAGAGCCGGCCGGAUGCGGAGGGUGUCCGGGGGGAUGGAUCGGACCCAGGGUGUGGGACGAGGGAUGUCCUGGGCCGCCCCCCUGCAGAGUAUGUGUCCGCCGGCAGGAGCUGAGUCUUUCUCCCCCUCCCCUGACAGGGGCCCCCAUGGCCGUCGAGCUGCGGUGCCAGUGCGUGCAGACCGUGUCCGAGGUGAUCUCCCCCAAGCUCAUCGCCCUCGUGGAGCUGAUCCCCGAGGGGCCCCACUGCGGGGUGCCAGAAGUCAUAGCCACCACGAAGCAAGGCAAGAAAAUCUGUCUGGAGCCCAGCGCGCCCUGGGUCAAGCUGAUCGUCACCAAGAUCCUGAGCAGGUACCUGCCCUGGGGGUGCGGCUCUUCGUGUUGGGCCAGCCCUAGUGCCCCUUGUCCCGGCUCAGGGGAGCGUGGGCGGCAGACUCAGGCUGAAGCAGGGCUCCGGGUUGCGGGGACAAGGGGCGAGAUGGGCCACUGAGUCUGAACCAGUGGAUACUUCUGAUUACAAACCGCUGGCCCAGCUGGCCCCAUCAGUCCGGCUCCAUUGUCGGGGGAAACUCAGCCCAGGUGUCAUGUAGCUAGACGAGUUCAAAUAAGUGUCUGUAUCUUCGCCCUUAAACAGGGCUGCUACCUGUGGCUGGUGGGGUCCCUGCCACUGAAUGCCACUGAUCGGAGCUGGAGCAGCCCUGGCCGCUCUUCCUUGUGGCACACCCAGCUCCCGGGGGGCGGGCGCAGGCUCGCGCGGGGAAUGCAGGCUCCGAGCCUGCGGAGGGGGAAGGCCAGAGCAGAAAUGAGUCCAGCCGAGGUCUGUCCGGAUGUCACUUGUAACGUGCUUUCUGUUGUCUGCCUCUUGCAGUAAAUCUAACAAGCUGUGAGGGGAGAAGAGGAAAUGAACAAGGAACUACAACACAAACUACCUGUGUGCAGGAGGGGAAACCAGGGUGAGAGAGAAUGGGGACCUGAGGCCGGACAACUAGCCAGGGCGAACUCUCUUCUUUUGAAGAUCUCAUAGAGCAGCCCGCGCUCCCUUCAACUUCAGCGGUUCCACCAAGUUCUUCCAACCUGCGCUUAUUUAUGUAUUUAUUAAUACAGCUCUGUAGAGCUCUUCAACAGCUGGGUCUUUUUGUUCAGCACCUUAGAUCUUUCCGGUCACCUGAAGGGGCCAGGCGGCAGCCGUGGCUCAAGAGAUGGCUUGUUGUGAGUGGAGUCCACAUUCUCAAUAAGCCAUCACCUCAGAUACUCUGAGCAGCUCAAGGUGAUAGUGCUGUGAAGCUGGGCCUUUCACACUGGGGAUGUGCAGGAUGCCUGCUGGCUUGUGAAUAACCAGAGCUUCGGAUUCUGGAGCUGCCAAGCAUUUAGCCUUUGUGCCCACAACUCUGUAGGAUUACAAAACGAAAUCCCAUUGCAACAAGCACAGUCACUUGCUCCUGUCCUGAAAUGUGUUGCCAAGACGCAUGCCC